AUGACAGAAAUGAGAGAAAUGGCUAACCAAUCUACUCCAACAGAGUUCCAUCUCAUGGGGUUUUCUGAAACUCGUGAUAUGCAGAUUUUGCAUUCUGCAAUAUUUCUCUUCAUUUACUUAACAGCCUUAGUAGGAAAUUCUCUCAUCAUCACAGCUGUGGCCCUAGACCGCCACCUUCACAGCCCGAUGUACUUCUUUUUGAUCAACCUGUCAUUGCUUGAUGUUUGCUCCAUCUCCACCACUGUACCCAAAUCCAUCACCAUUUCAUUGACAAACAACAACAUGAUUUCUUUUGCCGGAUGUGUCACACAGGUCUUCUUAGUGGUCACAUUUGUUGGUGGUGAGCUUGCUUUGCUCACUGUUAUGGCUUAUGACCGUUUUGUAGCCAUCUGUCACCCACUGCAAUAUACCUUAAUCAUGAAUUGGGAUGCCUGCAUGCAAAUGGUAGCUGCUUCCUGGAUAAGCAACCUGAUUCAUGCAGUAUUGGAAACCAGUUUUACUUUCGUGCUAAAUUUCUGUGGGACCAAUAUCAUUGAGCAAUAUUUUUGUGACAUUCCUCAAUUGCAAAAGAUUUCUUGCAGUGAUACAAAUGUGAAUCAAGUUCUGAUUUUUGUCCUUGGGUUUUUUAUUGACUCUUUUUGUUUUGCAUUUAUCUUUGCUUCCUAUGGCUACAUCUUCUCUGCUGUGCUGAGGAUCCCAUCAGUCCAAGGCAGAUAUAAAGCUUUCUCUACAUGCACUCCUCACCUGACUGUCUUUUCUUUAUUCAUCACCACAGGUGUGUUUUCAUACAUGAGGCCAAAAGCACUUUCUUCCCCCACAGUGGACUUGGUUUCUGCUGUGUUAUAUACAGUUUUGCCACCAGUUCUUAAUCCCAUUAUUUAUAGCCUUAGGAACAAGGACAUCCAACUGGCAGUCUGGCAAAUACCCAGAAAACUGAAACAUCUCAUUGCAUGA